CGAACGUUGGACGUGCCUUGAGUUGUAACACUGCAAGCCACUUUUGGGUUGAGGGGGACGCGCGUUGCCCACUCAUUGAUUGCGUUCAUCAUUCUUUGUACUAUCGUGCUAAUACGUUUGGUUGCGAUGCAGUCGUUACAACUAACUCCCUUCCUCAAUACUACCGUACUGUGGUAAUUUGAGUGGCGACUACUGGUUCCCGACUCGACACGCCUUCGCCACCACGCUCGCUACAGUACCCAACCACCACAAUGGCUUCGUCUGGCUUCACCGGCCUCGCACGGCGCAAUACCAACAAACGAGCACCUCUCAGCCAUACGAUUGCGACACUUCUCGUCGUAUUACUAGUCCUCAUAACCAUCGCCUUACUACUCACCGCGAGCCUGCUCCUGAUGCGCUACCGCCGACGGCGAUCACAAAGACAGCAAUCAUCAUCACUCCACUGCGGCGACGACGAAAAGCGCACCUCAACCUCCUCCACCUCAUCCCACCACCGUCGCGUCAUGGUCAGACCCUCCGAAUCCACCAUCGUGUACCAAGAAAAGCAACGCCUCAUCGAAGACUCUUCCGCUCCGCCAUCCCCCUCCGCCGAAAUCCCGGAGAUCCGACUCACGUUCCCCGAAGAAUACGACGAAGCUGGCAAGCGACAAUCGGGUCGCGUGGUCGUCGUGCACGUCGGCGAGACGAGCGUGGGGCUCGAGCCGGCGGCCGAGAAGCUGCCGGCGUAUGGGGAGGAUGCGCGCUUUCAGUCGUUAGAUCUGGAGAGGAUUGGUGGGCUUGUGGAGAAUAAGGCGCCGGGUACGCCUGCCCGACUUGCUUCGUAAGGGAGUCGACUACUCGGAGGACAUAAAAAGAGAUCUGGUUUACGACCCGUAAUGAGACUCGAUUCCCUUCCGUUCUGUCGCCCACCUCUUCAACUACCGGCAUCACCACUGGCUGGAUUAAUUACGCCGCGGUCUGGUCGCCCCCUUUUUUUUUUCUUCAAGCGAUACACCGAGUCAAGGAUGACCGACUCACGCAUUGCAUAUACGGCGCAUUUUCAAACCAUCAUCGGUACUGUUUUUCCCGCGGGGUCGGACGAGAGCCGUCGCUCCGUUCUUAUCAAAGUCCCGUAACGGGUCACAGGGGAGUUUUGAGAGAGUAACAGACCAGAAUGUCUGAGAUCUAGCAUGGCGCUGAGGAGGUCCACUGUUUAUCAGACUGUGGUGUAUGGGUAUCAUCGUAACUUUAGUGUCUAUAUAUCUCGUACCACAGUCUGCAAGCCUGAGCCUGAG